UCGGGUGUGCUUGCGCUUACGGGCUGCGGUUGUAAGCCCCAGCCCGUCUCCUGUGCUCGGCUCGCCACAUGUAGAAGAGAACUUUGUUGUGGCCUCCGAGCUCUCGGCCUCGGGCCCCUCCUUCAAAGCCUGCAGGCAGAUUGGACGCUUUUCAAGAUUCAUCCAAAGAUGGAUUGAAUUGUCUCAGGUUCGUACAAAGUCUACCACGUUUCAUAAUUUUUUCCAUCUCGAGGACUUUUUGGAAAAGAGUCCUUCUGAGUCUGUUCACUCAUAGAUUGUACACACUGCGAGGUAGAUUUUUUCGUAUUUAUGGGAAGAGUCCUCGUGAGCCUGUUCUCUCCGAGAUUGUACAGACCGUGAGACAGAUUUUUUCUUAUUUGAGCCGUGUCUCCCACGAGGAUUGUGUGAUGGGUUUGGGCGAAUCAGGUCGUAGGAUGAAUUUUUUCUUCUCUUAACGCUGUUAUGGUGAACCGAGCAGUGAAGGGAGAAUCGUCAGUGAGGGAAUUUUGGUCGGUGCACUGGUUUUGAAUUGGAGGAUUCAUCAGGUGCAGGGUUUUGCGGCUUGGUAGCCUGGUGCAGGUGGAGCGAGCAAGGGAGGCUUGGUGUCGGUGUCGGUCGACAUCCUGAGUGCCGGCUGAUCCAUGGUCGAUCAAUAGUGGGUAUCAGUGUUCGAGAUGGCGUCUCAGUUGCUUUGCAGCUGCUCUGCAGCUCAAACGCUGCGUGCCAAGCCAUGGACUUGUCUCCAGAGUUCUUCACAAUUUUCACAGUCUCUUGUGUUCGGGUUGCGCUCUGGACCUUUGAGGCUGCCUCGGUUCCGUAGGCCUGGGGAGUGUUCUGCCAUCAUGCCCGGCAGCGGCAGCAAUAGUGGCAGUAGUUCCGAUUCGGCCAACUCUGCGUACACAAGCGCAAGAGGGGACGAAGCUGGACCACUGAGUGAUAGCAGCUUUUGCAUCAUCGAGGGCCGUGACACGGUCUUGGACUUUGCUCCUAUGCAACUUCAAGAGAUCCGAGAACAUAUCAACAUGAGACGAAAUAAGAUCUUUUUGUUAAUGGAAGAGGUGAGGAGGCUAAGGAUUCAGCAAAAGAUAAAGAGUGCAGAGCAAGGGACUGCUCUGGAAGAGGAGGAAGAGGAUGAUGUUCCUGAAUUUCCAUCUUCCAUUCCUUUUUUGCCACCUCUGACAUCGGCAACUCUUAAGCAGUACUAUGCCACCUGCUUUGCAUUAAUUUCCAGCAUCAUGCUCUUUGCUGGUUUGCUUUCACCAAUUCUGGAGCUGAAGCUGGGUAUCGGUGGCACUUCUUACGAAGAUUUUAUUCGUGGCAUGCAUUUACCUCUGCAGCUCAGCGAGGUCGAUCCUAUUGUAGCUUCUUUCUCGGGUGGCGCUGUCGGCGUCAUCACGUCUCUGAUGGUUGUGGAAAUCAACAAUGUGAAGCAACAAGAACAGAAACGUUGCAGAUACUGCCACGGAACAGGAUACCUGGCCUGUGCCCGAUGCUCAGGCUCUGGGGCGCUCAUAGUCAAAGAGUCCUUAGUGUCGGCUGGUGGCCAUGCCGAUAGCGGAUUGAGGAUGCCAACCUCUCAGAGGUGCUCAACAUGUGCAGGCGCUGCCAAGGUGAUGUGCCCCACGUGCCUUUGCACGGGUAUGGAAUUGGCCAGUGAGCACGAUCCUCGAAUCGAUCCAUUCGAUUAAUUUGUCGAAACACCGAUAGAUGGUGGUGUAUCAUGUUCUAUUAUGAUAAUGAGCCCUGUCGUGGUGAAGAUUUCAUAAUUGUAACACUAUAUUAGGCCUCAGCUCCGAUUUUCCUUCUGAGGUUGCCGAUAUGGCCAUUGUAGAUGAUCUCAAGUGACUGAGCUUCUCAAGCUGAAAGCUUACUAACGAGCUUCUCUGUACCAAUACUUCAUCCCAACAACAAGGGCUCUAGUACCAAUGAUUACAGCCGGCUGCUUCUUAAUACCUUCGCCCACAUGGAUAUAUUUUGGUUGCAUCCGUCAAGUGUCGGGGAAUUCUCCUCUCAAGAAUUUGCACCUAUUCGAGUCUGUGCAUACAAAAUAAGUUUGUUCAUCCAGCUCUGUGUCCGAAAGUAACCUGAAACUUUAAAACUUCUGGAUGCACGUCCGGGAGAGUUGUCAGACGAAACAAUUGUAUGAAAAGAGGCGAAACGUCGAAGCAGCCAUGUGAGCUGGAUUAAUUCAAGUUCCAAGUGUAAUCGUUAUUGUUCAUAUCUCAGUCAUUAUAUAUGAUUAGCUCAGGUUGGCCAUACCCACUCAUCACAGAGAUCGCCGAGAAAGACGCCUGCCGAUCACUGCAUCUGUCUUACGAAAGUGAAGAGAGUAAUUUGAGCUGGGUAAGUUUAAAGGUCAACUUAGUAUCGACAUAUCGUGACGGUAGCCGAUAUGAACUGUAAUAAUGGUUUUUUGAGCCGGUCUGAGCUCUAACCAUGCCUUGGCAUCUACGAAUGUGGCUGACUGGCAAAUCUGUACCCCCGUGGAGUCGUCAAAGCUCACGUAGAUCUCGCUGCGUCGUAAGUGACAUGGAAUGUACCAUUUACGAAACAGCAUUUCACUCAAUGGUCUUAGUGGGAACAAGUAAGGCACUGGCCCACUCAACUCACUGUGAUGGUUGGAUUAAUAUACAUCCACUCGAGUGCACCACCUGAUGAAAUCCGAUCCGUCCCCGUCGAAGGAAUUCAAAGCUGCAGGCGUAUGUACUUUAUGCCAAACCAAACACGGAAGACAUAAAUAACUUACGCUUUUCAUCGCCAGCAGUGCCGAACGAUUGUCCCGUCCUUCAACGACUGAGCGACAGAGUAUAACCGAGAGGAAAUCAUGGCCAUCUGGUAGUGAAUCAAACCAUGCACAAAUGAUGAAUCGUCGGAUUCUAGAAGGAGUUUGUUCUCGAUCUCGUGAUCGCAAACCUCAGGCAGUGACACGAGAGCAGCGGCAGCAGAAGAAAUGGUAGUGGUGAUGGUAGCAGUGGUACCAGGACAGUCGCCUUCAGUCUCGUCGUUGUCGAUGUUGGUGU